UACCUGACGAUUUGGCAUAAUUCAUUAUAAUUAUUUCUUCCAGGUGUAUAAAUUAUUCCAAAACUCCAAUUAUCACUUCAAUUAUCCUCUAACUCUUCAGUAAUGAGUGAACUGUGGUGUUACUAUCCGAAAAAAGUGAAUAGAAUGACCGAGUAAAUAAAAUCAUCAUUAGGUUAUCAACUCGGAAUUUCGAGAAUUUCCACGUGAACUAACCACAACGAUGGCUAAUCAAAUGGACCUAACGAGAGGAACUACAUCGAUUCGGCCACGAAUGCACAAUUGAUUACUUUGAAAAAAAAAAACUUUUCUAUCAUUAGUGUAAAUAAACAAAAGAUGCUGACUAGGCAAUCGCCACCUGCAGAGACAGUGUCUCUAGCUGUUGACGCUAUAACUCUAGGAUUUGUCAUCUCAGAAGAUGGGAGAGCAGUUUUGGCAGUAACAGGAGCUGAAGAAGGCACGUUGGAGCUGUUGACAACCCCAGUGUCUCUUGUACAGACUGGGACUGUUCUGUCCCCAACGUCAUUGAAGGUAAACAAUGGGAAUGCAGGAAACUCCCAAUUGUUUCAAAUUAACCUUGAAAGUCUCGUCGACGGUGGCAGUAUUCAGCAGACUGCAUUACUACCCCAGAAUCAUGGGAAUUCAAGUUUGGAGGGGAGAACUGCAGUCAGGAAUGAUCAGCAAAUUAUCGAGAUUAUUCCCAGUGAAUCUAGUGAUAUAGUUAAGAGUGUUACUGUUGUACCUGAGAGGCAGAAAAAGGGGCCUGGAAGACCCAGAAAAAAUCCCAAUGCCUCUGAUGCUAAGAACGAGCUUAAGUGUGAAAUCUGCGGAGAAGAAUUCAAGAGACAAAUGCUUUAUAGAAAACACAUGGAGCAUCAUGCUGAGGAGAAGCCUCAUCGUUGCCCCAAGUGUCCUGCAUCGUUCAACAUACCGCUGAAUUUCACGCUUCACAUGGCGAUGCAUAACACGGGUGAGCCAAAAUGUCCGGAGUGCGGAAGAAAAUUUGCCAGAAUGGCCAGUCUCAAGGCUCAUAUUAUCGUACAUGAAAAGGAGGAGAAUUUAUUCUGCACUGAGUGUGAAGAUUCAUUUUCCACAAAGGCACAACUCGAUGCCCAUUUGAAGCUUCACAAUGAGAAAUGGUCAUCGGAGGAUGUCAGAAAGUGCAAACUCUGCAACAAACAAUUCACUCAACCCGCUCUUUAUCGUCUCCACAUCCGAGAGCACUACAGGCUGCAGACCAAGAUAAUGAAGCAGACCAAGCGUGGAACUACACAGAAGACGAUAUACAAGUGUAAAAUAUGUAUGAAGGUAUUUCAGAAGCCGUCUCAAUUAAUGCGCCACAUUCGAGUUCACACUGGUGAAAAACCCUUCAAGUGUACCAUCUGUGCUCGAGCAUUCUCGCAGAAGAGUUCCCUGCAGAUCCACAUGUGGCGUCACGUGGGGGUACGGCCGUACCCCUGCACCCAGUGUUCAGCCAAAUUUUCGCAGAAGGGGAACCUGAAUGCUCACAUUUUGCGAGUGCAUAAUGCACCGGAGGGUGAGCCAACGUACGCCUGCACGCAGUGCAGCUGUGUAUUCAAGAAAUUGGGAUCCCUCAACGGUCACAUGAAAAAAAUGCACGCAGUACCAGUGGAUGAAGUAGGCACAUGCGACAGCUCGACAGAGACCAGUAUUAAAUCCCCAGACUCCACCCUGGAUCCUCAAUCCUCCAAGAAUGACAUUUUACAGCAGGCCCUGACGAACAGUGGUCUGACGACAAAGGAGAAGCCCUCGGACUCCCCAAAGAGGCCAGAGUCCCAGACAUCUUACGUCACCCUGGUGGAUCGCACUCCGGACGGUUCAUUUCGAAAAUACGUGACGAUAAAGCAACGGAGGAUAGGCUCAAUUAGGUGGUACUCCUGUUCCUUCUGCCACAAGGAAUUCAAGAAGCCCUCGGACCUCAUUCGUCAUCUUCGUGUGCACACGCAGGAGAAGCCCUUCAAAUGUUCCCACUGCCCCAGGUCGUUCGCCCUAAAAUCCACGAUGAAAACCCACGAGCGCACGCACUUUGGGGUGAAAAAGUACUCCUGCGGAAUCUGUGGAAAAAUGUUCUCGUGUCACAGCAGCCUGACAGCCCACACGAGGACACAUACAAAACCCCACAAGUGUGAUCUCUGUGACAUGUCAUUCAGCACGAGUACUGUCCUCAAGAGUCACUUGAAGGGUCACGCCAAGCAGAAGGGCAAACUCUGUCCAGAGGCUGAGAGACUCGUCCCCCAGAUUGUCCUCGAGGAGCCACUCGUCAUCUCCGAUGCUGGCAAUAAAAUAAGUGUCUCACAGGUGCAAAGCAAGCAGAGGCACGUCUACAACAGCGAGGAGGAGGGCAACAGGCCCCACAAGUGCUGGGUAUGUCCUGCUGCCUUCAGAAAAAUCAGCCACCUCAAACAGCACUACAGGAGGCACACCGGGGAGAGACCCUACAAGUGCUACAAAUGCGACAGGAGGUUCACAUCCAAUAGUGUUCUCAAUGCUCAUCUCCAUACUCAUGAGGCAACUAGACCAUUCAGCUGCAACGUGUGCGAUGCCACGUUCUCAACUCAGAGCAGCCAGAAGAGGCAUCUAGUGACCCACAGCAAUAAGAGGCCAUUCAUGUGUCCGUACUGUCACAAGACCUUCAAGACGUCUGUCAGCUGCAGGAAACACAUGAAAAUUCAUAAGAAUGAACUGGCACAACAGCAGCUUGAGAAGCAGAAGAGUGGAGAGGAGGAGGGCAGGGAAGAUGAACUGGCUCUCGAAGAUGAUCUCGAAUUCCAGGGAAAUAUUAACACCGAAUUCGAAGGCGCUUUUGGGGGCGAGGGAGAGGCUACUGAUGGAAAUUUGGCGACUGUUGAACCUGGUAAUUUAGCAACCUCCCAGACCCUCCACGCUGACGAGACGGGGACCAUAACACUCCCAAAUUACACUGGGGAGCAAACCUUAACUGCAGAGAGCAUUCGUGAGAUAGAAGAAACCCUUAACCAGCAGCUCUUCAAUAUCGGUUUGGGGAAUAUCCACCUGCCUCCGACCCUGGCCCCCCCGAUGACAGACACCACCGAGACCCCGCAGGCCCCAGUACUGAAUAUAAUCUACGACAACCAAAAGGUGUUAGACCCCCCUCCACCAUCAAUUCCCACAAGUAUAUUUGGAUCGCCCCAUUUCGACACAUUUGACAUGAGUCAAAUAACUCUCCAGGCGGACACGGAAAUCGACAUGGGUAUUAGUUCAGCAAAUUCCACGAGCAUGGCGAGUAUUCUCCCUCGAUCAGCCCAGGAGGAGCAGAGAAUGAUUCCAGUGUCGUCUCUGGAUAAUCCGACGAAGCCCCACAGGCUUGUGGUGGUGUCGUCGAUUCCCCAGGGGUCAGAGGCCAUUCGUCCCGUCCCAACAUGCCCAAAGUACCCAAAAAUCAUCGCCAAAGCUGAUACAACAGACACCACAGGGCUGCUUAACCUGGACAACGACGCCACCCUGGAUAAAUCCCAAUCUUACCCCAUUCAAGGAGAGUCAGAGCCCAAAGACAAUGUUCAGAUCCACCUGUCGAAGCUGUUCAGCCCCCCGGAGGUCCCCAAGGAUCAACUCCAGUGCCACCUCUGUUUGCAAAAGGAUUUCACAGCAGCUGCUCUGAAAACCCACCUGAAGAGCCAUCGAGGCUCCAGGGAGUUCCAGUGCCCCGAGUGCUCUCUCAAGUUCUGCACUAAUGGGGGAUUGACUCGACACCUCAAGGUGCAUAACAAGAAGACUGAUGCUCAUAACUGUUCCAGGUGUCUCGAGACAUUCCCCAGUGAGGCUCAAUUGAAAUUACACAUGAAGGGACAUGAAAAAAUAUCCUGGGAUCCAACAACGAGAAUUGAACCUGACAGUUCCCAGAAGGAGCCGAUACCCGUCGAUGGGAAUUCAUUGACAUUAAAUUCUAUGACUGAAGCCAAUGAUUCCUCAAUAUCGGAAAGAGUCUUGAUGGAUUCAGUGGCUGAGCGCGAUAUAAUCAGACCCCUGAAUUACGAGAAUGAUAAAGAGAAGAAAGAGUACACGAAUAAAUGUGAAUACUGUCCGAAGACCUUCAGGAAACCCAGUGACCUCAUUCGCCACAUCAGGACUCACACUGGGGAACGUCCUUAUCAGUGUAAACACUGUGAGAAAAGUUUUGCUGUCAAGUGCACGCUGGACUGUCACAUGAAGGUACAUGAGGGAACGAAAUCCUUUUGCUGUCAUGUUUGCAACAGUCUAUUUGCGACCAAGGGAAGCCUCAAGGUUCACAUGCGACUGCACACUGGCUCCAAGCCAUUCAAAUGUCCGAUAUGCGACCAGAGGUUUAGGACCUCUGGCCACAGGAAGGUCCACCUGGUGACUCACACAAGGAACAGUGAUGGACCGAGACGCAGGGGAAGACAGAAGAAGAAUCAGAACUCUGAGACCAGUGUUGAAUCUGAUGUCAAUGUCAAGGAUCACCCUGAGAUAAAUAAUGUGGAACCAACAGGGGAUUAUCAGAAUAUUGAUACAAUCACCAUCGAUGCUACUGGAAUUCCAGAGCAACUGACGUUCAAUCCUGAUGGCACGAUAAAUGAUAAUUCAGUACUGUCAGUUAAUGAUUCCAAUCAACUCGUUGCUAAUCUCCAGUUUUUACUCAGCAGUGGUCUCGUCACUAUUCAGACCGACGAGUCUGCUCUGUUGCAGUUGAAUGACGGAAAUAUGGGUCCGGAGAAUUUAAUGGGUCAAGGUACGAAUUUGAUGAGUGACAAUCUGAUGCUCUCGACGCAGUUGGAUAUUCAUGGGGAUCAGGAGCCCCAGCUGCAAUUGGAUAAUUGCAUGACUCUGGUGGAGAUGCCUGAGGGUGGAGAGAAUGCAUCAGUGCAGCAGGUUCAGCCAGUCCAGAAGAGCAAAAGUAAGAAUCCCACGAAGAAGGAGUGCGACGUCUGUGGUAAGACCUUCAUGAAGCCCUGCCAGGUGGAGAGGCACAAGAGAAUUCACACUGGGGAGAGGCCAUUCAAGUGUCAGCUGUGUGACAAGUCUUUUGCCCAGAAGGUCACUCUCCAGAUGCAUCAGAAACAUCAUACUGGGGACAGACCCUAUCCCUGCCCCCACUGCGAUUACUCUUUCACGCAAAAGGGAAAUCUCCAGACACAUCUCAGGAGGGUACAUCAGCUCGACACCAUCGAGGGAAAAAAGCUCCGAAGGGGACAGCAGUUGAGUGCCAAAGUCACCCCGGAUAAUGAUAAUCAGAUCAAUGUCAAUCGGCUGCUGAGUCUUGACGACAUCUCUCUCGUUGAAUUUCUCAAGUGAAGACUCCAUCGGAGAUAUCCUCUUAAUUCUUGCCAUGUUAUGUGUCAUUGCGCCGGUUUAUUGAGAGAAGGGCCAAGUGAAAUUACUUUGACGAACAGUUGAUGCUGGAAUUAAGUGCCAAUAGUAGAUUUAAUCUAUUAAUUUAAUGGAAUUGUGAUAAUGUUUUUUAUACUGCACUGAACGUAUUCGCUUUUGUAAUCGGUGGUAAACUUUGUGUUCAUAUUUCCAAUUAUUUUGUAAAAAAUAAUCAUGUUAUCAUGAUAUUGUACAAAUAAAA